GUCGCUGGUUCGAUUCCACCUCGGGAUGUUUUUAAAACGUACUUACAUCUUUAGUUGCAGUACCCGGCCGCUAGGGUCGCGACCCCGUAGAGGUCGCUGCGGUCCCCACGUGACCGACCGGCCGCAGUCACGGGCCGGCGGCGGCGCAGUGUGGGGCGAGCGGGCGGAGGGGUUGGUGCGGUAACUGCGGUGCCGCCAGAGCGGCCGCUGCCGGACAGCGGAAAUACGGAUAAAGUAAAUGAUGGUGGGAAAGAAGGAAGGAUCAGAGAGCUCACCUGCGUGGCGUCAUCUGUGGGUGGUAUCACAUGCGGCACGGUCCGUAACGUCUCACACCAGAGCAGCCCGUUUUGUGGCUGCCUGGCGCCUAGUGUGGUGGCGCGGACAGGCGCCCAUGAGCACCCGGCGCGUAGCUCCACACGCUGACGUUACGCCGUCGCCGGCAUGUUUCGUAUGAAGGCAAUGCGCUACUACCGGCUAUGGAUAUACGCGUGCAACCUGGUGCUCCUGGUGUCGGUGCUACUGUUUGUCGCCGUCGGCAGCUCCAUCUUCAGUGACGCGCGCAUGUCGCUGGUGAGUGGUGUGCGGUACUACCAGCCGACGUUCCUGUACGCGUACGCGGCAACGGUGCUGCAGGGAGGCGUGGUCCAAGUGAUCGGCUGCGUGGGUGCGCUGCGGCUUAACGAGCGGCUGCUGAACGUCUAUUGGCUGCUGCUACUGUUGCUGCUGUGCGGCGACCUGGCCGUGGGCACUGUGUGGGUGGUGCGCUUCCAGCGGCUCUGUGCCGAGCUCCCCGGCCAACUGUCGCGCAGACUGGCCAACGAGUACGGCGUGCAGGCCGAGUUCACGGCGCUCUGGGACCACGUCCAGUGGUCGGAGCGGUGCUGCGGACUCGAAUCGCCCGCCGACUUCAAUGCAUCUGCCUGGAGGUGGCGGAACGGCGUCAGAGACGGCGCCGACGCGGGCACCGAGCUGCUGCCAGCCUCGUGCUGUCCGGGCCGUCCGGCCGCCGCGCCACCGCCCAAGGCCGCCGCGUACCGCUCCAGGAAGUGGAGCGCGCGCUUCCUGCAGCGACCGCCACCGACGCUUGAGCCGCCGCCCACCACGCCGCUACCUCCAUACAACGGCACUUGUGUGGCCGCUGCCGGCGGCCGGCAGUCGGCUCCGUACGGACGCGGCUGUCGACGGCUGCUUAUGGGCUGGUACCAGCGCAGCGCAGACCUUCUCUUCGUGCUCGGCUACUGUGUGAUAGCGUUCCUCAAGCUCUGCUUCCUAGGCCUGUUGCGCUGUGAGAUCCGAGAAAUGAUUCAAAAGAUAAAGGUGUUGCAGUGCGAGGCAGCGGCGGUGGAUCGCGCCGAGACUGCAGCCAGCGCGGCACCGCCAACCGCCAACCACAUCACAAAGGACAACAACAAUGGCGGCGGCCGGCGGCCUGUCAUCGACGAACCGGCCAACGCGUCCGACUCGGACACAAACAGUCACUGUCCGCUGCUGGGCCGGCCACGGUGCACCCCCAACGGCAACAACAACACACUGGCGGGCCAGCCCAACCGCAGCCAGGCGCACGAGCUGUCAGAGCUGCCGGCCCGUCACCAGACGGCCAUUUGAUAGGGGGCGGCGGCGGCGGCUUGGCCCAGCGAGGUGCUGCUCUAGUGGCAGCCGCGGCCGCCGCUCUUCAUGUUGUGCUGCUGUACGCCUGUGGCCGGGCUCAACGCAUGACAGGCGUAAUCCGAUGGCUUACCAGGCCGGCAUGGUCCAGUGCGAUUUGUAGAGUACUGCUAUUCGCUCAUAUUACGAAGUAGGCACGCGUUACACAGUAGAACAACCAUUAGUGUCAUGCUUGCUUAAAAAGAAGUUCAGCAUUAAUGUACUCUAAACAAUCACAAAUAUACCUGCCAUACGAUUCCCAUUCCAGUCGAUUUAUUAAGCACAUUACGCUCAUUUUGAGCCUUAAGGACUGUCUACACUUUGCGUUUUUAUCACGUGCGUUUUAUGCGUCGAAUCGGUUUUUCCGGCCCCCGGUCAACAGAGAUGGUAGCUCAAAUUUAGUCGGAUAUGAAAAUUCUACUAAAUCCAUAGACUUUAAUGCUAAAUUAACUAUAUUUGAGAAGGGUUUAUGAAGAAAGAUGGCCACACACGGAAAAAAGCGAGAUGCUAUCUUGUACUUUAAAUCGUCUUCUAUCUGCGCCUUUUGAAGUGUUUUUCAAUCCGAGGUACGGCUCUCCUGUAAAACAGUGGUUGGUUUUGCUUUUUAGCUUACAUCUGG